CGCGCGGGAGCGGCACACAGGAGCGCUUUACGCGGCGUCGAUCGCUCGUUUGACCUUUUCUCUUCUCUUAUCAUUUAUAUUUUAGUUUUUUCGUAGCGUUUUCAGUCACUAUAAACAGGAAUGACGCUCGCGAACACGGUCGUAGAGUAAGCAGAGGUGAGCUGAUCUUUUACUUAAGCACAUUAUCUGAUUUUUUUACCUUGAAGCACGCGGAAAACCCCCCAAAGCCUGCUUUUAAAACCCAAAGCACGAGAUCGUGCUCCUCACGCGAGAAGCCAAGCGCGCGCGGAAUAAUAAACACCGCGAGAGCGUGUUUUGGGGAGAGAACCCCGGUCAGGUGACGCUCGGUUUGUGCUCCAUGAAAGAGAUGCUGUCAGUUAUUCAUUCUCAGAUCACUGCUGCUUUCAGAUCAGCCGAGCAGCUCCGAAGAACAUCUCAAACAUCAUGGAGUUCUCACUGGCUCACCCAGCUGUGAAAGCGUUCAUGUGUGGCUCCCUGAGCGGGACGUGCUCCACGCUGCUCUUCCAGCCCCUGGACCUGGUGAAGACGCGUCUGCAGACCCUUCACGGCGUCCAGCCCGGGUCGGCUCGGGUCGGUAUGGUCACGGUCUUUGUGAGCGUCCUGCGGACGGAGAAGCUCCUCGGCCUGUGGAGAGGUGUUUCUCCUUCGUUUGUGCGCUGUAUUCCAGGAGUCGGCAUCUACUUCAGCACGUAUUUCACUCUGAAGCAGCGCUUUUUCGCUGAUGGGGCCCCGGGGCCCUUGCAGGCUGUACUGCUGGGAGCUGGAGCCAGGUGUGUCGCAGGCGUCUGCAUGCUCCCCGUCACCGUCAUCAAAACACGCUUCGAGGUGUGUGUGUGUGUGUGUGUGUGAGGUAGUGAAGAGACUCUUAUAAUGUUAGAAAAAAAUGACUAAUGCCGUUUUCAACGUUGAGUAUUGAGCGACAAAUCGGCGUAUUAGAAUCAGUUCUGAAGGAUCUUUCAGAAAUAGAGAGAUCAUUUCUCUCUGUCUGUCUCUCUCUGUCUGUCUCUC